GCUCCCUUACAGCUGGGUCAGUCGCCAGUCGCAAAAAGCUUGAAGUGUCUUGUUCGCUGCAUCUCAAGAAAUUUACGGUCCGUAAUUUAGCAAGUAAACCACUCGUCAAGUGUACAUCAUUUGGUUAGAUCAGUAUCCAGUCAUAUGUAAAUAUGUACAUACACGUGUCACAAUUGAACUGAAAAGGCCUGACUAUUUCCUUUGAAAUCCAUUACGUGUAUAGGUUCGAUUCUUAAAAAGUCUGCCCUAUGGGCGAGAUGGAGGGGAAAUUCGACCCGCCAAAAAAUCUGACCUGCGAGGAUGGGGCACUGUACAUUUUGAGAAGGUCCCAUCCCGCCGAUUUCUUUAACUAUGACGAUUGUAUCCCUGUCGGUCCAGACUAUGACGACGAUCCUCUUGAGUGGAAAUCAGAUGCUUUAAUAUUUAACGUUCCUGGACAAAAGUAUACGAUUGGAUCUGGAGAAAAUUUGGAUGGUUUCGAUCGGGAAAAACAUGGACAACUUUUGAUAUUUCACAACAAAGCCAACGUUGACCAAGAACAGUGCCAAAUUGAAUGCGAUGCGAGUGGAACCUUCUGGCUCCGUAGUUUGGGACAGACAAGCACUUUCCUGAAUGGAAAAUUGAUUCGAGAGUCCCCCGUAAAAUUAAAGUUUGGAGAUAUAUUUUACUUUUCGCAUAUUCCGUCACAAUUUUGGGAUUCACUAUCAACCAAUGAAGACAUGACUGUAAAUGGCAUUAAAAAUCUGUAUCGCAAAAAUGUAUCAUGGAAAGAAUAUGCCGUACUCAAAUUUGAGAGCCCGGCAAGUCUCAUCGACUGGCAGCGGAAACAAAUGGCAAGAAAUGAGGACGACAAUUCCAAGAUCGGUUGUAAGCAGUGCUAUGAAUCCAUGACACGUGUACUUAAAAGAUGGCAAAGUGCGUAUGCAUUUCUUACAGCGUGCUUAUCAUCAUUCAAAGAUCCCGAGCAUAAUCACCCCAUUUUUGAAAAUCAUGUCAUACUGACAAAGAUAUUUGAACACGUGGCCAAUUCAAGCGUUCCGUGCCAUACCCGAAAAGACCUGUUUAACUUUCGCCUCGUCUCUCAAACAUGGAAUAACUCGGCUCUGCCCGUACUACAGAAAAACUGUGUGAUGAACUUCACCAUAAUUAUUGACGACCUGAUCCGCAACCCAAACUGCAUCACGAACCGAUUCAAUUGGAAGACACAUCGCGUGAAGGAGCUAAAAUUUGACGCUAUGGAUAUCGACAUCUGGCCGCAGGUGCACACUUGCGAGACGCGAGAUAACUCUAACCGGAACAAAGCAAUGACAAAAUUCAACCACGAUUUAUCCGACUUUAUAAGUCAACCAGAUUUCCAUCCUCUCAAAAUGCUGAAAAUGAAUAUAGAUUAUUUGGCCCCAAUUUCAAUCCUCCUCUCCAAAUUUUGCCCUUCUCUGGAAGAAAUUAACAUUCAGAUUAACAUGCUGUGGAUUAAUGACGAAAACAAAUCUGCAUUCCCAGAAAAUUUGAAGUUUCCAAAGUUGAAAAAGUUAACGUUCGAGUUUUGCGAGCAGAAAACUGGUGACCUGAAUAAAAUGUCCGGUUCUGAAUCUCUUGCCCAAGUCCUACAAGCUGCGAGAGGAAUUGAGGAACUUGUGUUAAAGAAUUACGCCGAACUUCCCACUGAUUUCGACUCUUUUAAGAAUUUGAGAAAAAUCACAAUAUAUGGCCAGCCCGAGUACAAUGUAGACACGUUUAAUUUACUCGACUUUCUCACCCAAUUCAUGACCUUACCAGCAGAUCAGUUACGUUCCUUCCGGCUAAUCGUUGCAGAAAUUGAUGUCCAACACACGCCAUAUGACGCAUUACUAAGUUUCCUUCAAAACCAGCGGCAAAGUUUGGAAACCUUGGAACUCUCCUUACACUCAAAAGAUUGUAUGCAAAUAAUAAAACUGCCGACAUGUAUGCCAAAUCUGAAGCGAAUUUGGAUAAGCUCGGCAAUUGAUAGUGGGAGUGGGAGGCGAGGGUCGCAUUCAUCGUGGGGCUUUAAAUUACGAAGUCAAAUGGAGAAGGAGAAAAGUGAGGAUUUCACGAUUGAAAGCGAUUCAGAAACUUAUCUAACGCCGUUUGUGGUACGAGAGGGGAGGGAAUGUGGUCGAGAAUCGUGUCCGACUUGUGGUGACGCUUUAGUUUAUGGAGAAUGGCAUGGACAUGUCAGUCUCGUUCCAAGCGUGCAAAAGGUUUUUGUUCGGCUUAUUCCAUGGGAAAAGUGAUAGAGAACAGUAGUAUAUGUAUAUAUUUAUAUACACAGUAUGCCCAAGUUAACUGUAAGUGAAAUGAAACGCUGUAGCCUCAAUAGUUUUUACGUUACACAUUUCUAGUCAAUUUUAACUGAAAGCCAGUUAAUUUCUAA